UUAUUAGAACCUACUGGGAGAAACACGGAAAUUCGGCCAGUGAUGUAUUUAGCAUGCCCCAGUUGUCAAAAACCUCCAAACCGACAUAAUUGCACUAUUGAUCGUACGUCGUAAAGACGCGCGUGCUGUUAUGGUUCCUAUGGUAACCUGAUGACGUACUCUUUUAAGUACUAGUUAGCAAGGUAGUAGCACAUGUAGUUUGGCUUUUUGCCCGAAGUAGAGGAAUCUUUGGCGUGAGGAGUCCCGCGCUGUAUGACGCACGCGCGAAAGAGCGGGAACUGUCACAGCAGCGCGAGGACACUCCACAUUCUCCUGCACAGAUACACGCGGACUGCGCUGCUUUUCUCGAACAGCCCACUUCGCUGUUCCUUUAGGUUGCAAUAAAUAAAAGCGCGUUGUUUUCUGUGAGUGAAAAUACUGAAGCAUCUGUGAGAAAGUUGGAAAAUUGUCGCGCGGGUGGGUGAGUGAGCGUGAGAAAGAGAGAGAGAGAGAGAGCGCGAGAGAGCGCGUGAGCCAUGGGCACUUUGAGGGACCUGCAGUACGCGUUACAGGAGAAGAUCGAAGAGCUGAGGCAGAGAGAUGCGCUCAUUGAUGAACUUGAGCUUGAACUGGACCAGAAGGACGAGCUCAUUCAGAAACUACAGAACGAGCUGGAUAAAUAUCGCUCCGUGAUCCGGCCAGCCACUCAGCACGUGCACAAAGACAACGAGCAGGAGCAGCAGCGCACCAAGAGGCAGGCGAUCUCCGCCGAGCCCACCGCCUUCAACAUCCAGGACCUGAACCAUGUAACUCUACCCUUCUACUCCAAGAGUUCAAAGUCCAAGGACUUGAUCAAAGAAGCCAUCUUAGACAAUGACUUCAUGAAGAACCUGGAGCUGUCCCAGAUCCAGGAGAUAGUGGACUGCAUGUAUCCAGUAGAGUAUGGCAAGGACAGCUGCAUCAUUAAAGAGGGUGACGUAGGGUCGCUCGUCUAUGUAAUGGAAGAUGGUAAAGUGGAGGUAACAAAAGAAGGCUUGAAGCUGUGCACUAUGGGGCCUGGGAAAGUGUUUGGAGAGCUUGCCAUCCUUUAUAAUUGCACACGAACAGCCACAGUGAAGACUCUAACCAACGUGAAGUUAUGGGCCAUUGACAGGCAGUGCUUUCAGACCAUCAUGAUGAGGACCGGACUGAUAAAGCAUGCAGAGUACAUGGAGUUUCUCAAAAGCAUUCCAACAUUCCAUAGUCAUCCAGAAGAAAUACUAAGCAAGUUGGCCGAUGUCCUUGAGGAGACGCAUUAUGAGGAUGGAGAUUAUAUAAUCAGGCAGGGAGCCAGGGGAGACACCUUUUUCAUCAUUAGUAAAGGAAAGGUAACCGUGACCCGAGAGGACUCUGCCAGUCAGGAUACAAUGUACCUGCGCUCUCUGGGGAAGGGUGAUUGGUUCGGAGAAAAAGCCUUGCAAGGAGAGGACAUCAGGACAGCCAGUGUCAUUGCUGCAGAGACUGUCACCUGCCUUGUUAUUGACCGAGAAUCUUAUAAGCACCUUCUUGGAGGUUUGGAGGAUGUGUCCAGCAAAGGAUCAGAAGAUGCAGAGGCCAAAGCAAAGUACGAGGCAGAGAAUGCAUUCUUCUUCAACCUGCAUCUGUCAGACUUCAACAUCAUAGACACCCUUGGAGUUGGAGGAUUUGGACGUGUUGAGCUGGUACAGCUGAAGAGUGAUGAGUAUAAGACAUUUGCUAUGAAGAUCCUGAAAAAGCGCCACAUUGUAGACACCAGACAACAGGAGCACAUCCGCUCAGAGAAACUCAUAAUGCAGGAAGCUCAUUCGGACUUCAUCGUCAGGCUAUACAGGACUUUUAAGGACAGUAAAUACCUGUAUAUGCUGAUGGAGGCGUGUCUGGGAGGAGAAUUAUGGACUAUCCUCAGAGACAGGGGUUCGUUUGAGGAUUCUACUACACGAUUUUACACUGCAUGUGUAGUGGAGGCUUUCGCCUAUCUGCAUUCCAAAGGCAUUAUUUACAGAGACCUCAAACCAGAGAACCUUAUACUGGACCACCGGGGCUACGCCAAACUGGUGGACUUUGGCUUUGCUAAGAAGAUUGGAUUUGGGAAGAAGACAUGGACAUUCUGUGGUACACCAGAGUACGUAGCCCCUGAGAUCAUUCUUAACAAAGGUCAUGAUAUCUCAGCAGACUACUGGUCCUUGGGCAUCCUCAUGUAUGAACUACUAACAGGCAGCCCUCCUUUUUCAGGCCCUGACCCCAUGAAGACAUACAACAUCAUUCUAAGAGGCAUUGACAUGAUUGAAUUUCCGAAGAAGAUUACAAAAAAUGCUGCCAAUCUCAUUAAAAAGUUAUGCAGGGACACUCCUUCUGAAAGAUUAGGAAAUUUGAAAAAUGGCGUCAAGGAUAUUCAAAAGCACAAGUGGUUUGAAGGCUUUAACUGGGACGGCUUACGGAAGGGAACGCUGACACCUCCCAUCAUCCCUAGUGUCACAUCAGCAACAGACACAAGCAACUUUGACAGCUUUCCUGAGGACAAUGAGGACCCUCCUCCUGACGAUAACUCUGGCUGGGAUAUAGAUUUCUAAAUCUGCACAAUAAAAGCGUAUACACACCAAACUAAAGACCUGUUCCACUGUUGCCUGGAACAGAGCUGCUUCUUUUGGAACAGGCUGCAUUUAAAACUGCUUAAGGAGAGAGAGAGUGCAGACCGGUCGAAGGAGAGAAAAACAAAACACUUCUUUUUAGUUUAAUGUCGACUGUUGCAGGAGAGGAAUUAAAAUCCUUGUGGACUUACAAUACUCGGGACUUCUUAUACACCAGUCCUAAUAACAAGGGGGGAAUAAUAUAUUCAUAUUGUGUGUGUAUGCAUGUAUGCAUGUAUGCGUGUAUGCGUGUGUGUGUGUGUGUGUGUGUGUGUGUGUGUAUAUGCAUACCUGCCACAAGCCCUUCUUAACACAGGAUAUUGUGGAUAUGUUGUAGCAGGUUGUGACCUCACUUGAUUACCUUUUGUCCAUGAUUGGCUGCAAGUCUUUCUAACUCUUGUGCAGACUACUCAGUAAAGUGUGUUACACAAAAUUGGACUCAAACACUACACAUCAAAGCCAGGAUUCUGGGUGUCCAGGCUACUAAUGUCCUAAUGUUACUAUUAUAGCUAAUCAGGUUAUUACAGAACAUGUACAUAGUAAUAUAUUACCCAAAAAAAUGUUAUGCUUUAGCUGACGAUUAUUAAAAAGCACAAAUUGGUGUUGGAUUUUUAAUAAUGCCUGUUAAUACGUCUCAGAAGUGCCCGAUGCAGAUAUUUGUAUAAUAAUGUAAUAAUUACAUUAUUGUUGGGUGUAACUGAAUUUGGCUGAUAUGGCUUGGGAUGUGACCAGCCCAGAGUUUGUUUGGUUUCUCACAGCUCCGGGUGUGCCUCAGAUUCAUAACGUUAUUAAUAUUAUAUGCCCAAUGAGCACAUUGAAUUUAGGAUAGUCAGCUUUUUAUAUAGUAAGAUACAGCCUAUUAGGCUACGUUCACAUUACAAGGUUGAAGCUGGACCUUUUUUAUUAUUAUUUAUUUAAAUGUGGCAUAGACCUUAUUAUUAUUCUUUGUGAACACUGAAAUCUUCACACAGAUCACUUUCAUAUGUGACCCUAAAUCAACCAUUUCGAAAACUGUCAGAUAUUUUUUUCUUUGUUCAUAUUCAUGCACAUAUCACUGCUGGCUCUGCUCCCACACCCACACACCUCUCCACAUAGACGUUUCAGUAAUAACCAGAAAAAGAGCAAAGGCUAUGCAGCAGGACUUGUUUCACCUUCUCACACUUAUCAUGAACAGCCCACAAGCUGCCUGCUGACCUCUAGAGCAAAUAACCUUCGUGCUGAUUUUAUUGCCUGAGCAAUGAUGGAUUGUCAAAAAUAUAUGGUGAAUUUGUUUAUGUUUAGGGCACAUGAGAAUCAUUAUCCGUUUAGAAUAUGGUAUGCAUGUGGAUUGCUCAUGUGGAAGGCACAAGUUUAUUCACAUUAAUAGCAGAUAUGGGUCACUAACUUAUGAAUGUGAGCUAUCAAAGCUGAUCAGACCUGAGCUAAGGAAAACAAUGGAAUUGAGCAAUAAGGCUUGUAACGUGAACAUAGCUGUACACCAAUGCUGGAAUGAGAAAUAAUUGUUUGUAACCAGUAACCACUGUGAUCAGUCAGGUUUUUAGCAGGCCUAUGAAGUGAGUCUUGAGGAACUGAGAUUGUAACAGCCUCAUAAGAUAUGAUCAAAUAGCUAUAGAUGAAUUCAGGUGUUUCACAGAUACAACAUUUCACAGAUUACAUUAAAAAUUAGCUGAUCGUGAAAAGAUACAGUGCCUUAAGUUAAUGGCAUCCUAAUCCUCUCUAUUGAUCAUCUGUGUGCUGCACCAAAGCCUAAAUGCUUGCCAUCACAACACAUCCAUUUCCUCUAGUAUUGCAAACAUGGUAAAAUCUGUUUUAGACAAUCUACAGUGAAAAGUCACUUUCCUUUUUUAUUCUAAAUCUGCACACAGCUAGACACUGUGAAAUUUGACAGAGACACAGAACUAUGUGUCCUUAAGGCAUUAUGUUGCCUCUGUAUUUUUAUGUCGCUUGACUUGCAGCAUAGAUGAAAACAAAUACCACUGCAUUAUCUGACUGUUUCAUCCUGUUUGUGAAUUUGUACUGUGCUACAGUACCCAAUGCUGAAUAUUAUAACAUAUAGCAUAUGUCUUACUAAACUGCAUUGAGGUGCCCUCCUCAGCUGAGUCCUCCCUUAACUACUUAUUGAUCUGACAUAGUCACUGCAACUAAACCAAGAGGAGAAGGCAACCAUGAUUUGCAGUAACUUGUAUCUAAUGCUUACUAUAUAGCCCACAAUGGACACAAUAUAAAUCUGGGGCAUUAUUUAUAAAUAACCACUCUUUUUUUAAUUUUUUUUUUUUUUAAACAUUUGGUUGCUUUGACUGCCAGUGUUUGGCAAGGACAUGUUUCAUCUGUUAAAUGCCAACAGUGUGAUUUCUACCUACUUGAAAAUGAUCUAACCCUGUAUGAGGAUAAUGAACAGUUCUUGAAUUGCCUACACAGAUUUGUUGUAAUACUGUACAUGUUUAUCACGUAAAUUGUAAGGCUGUUCAGCCCUAGCAGGCAUUAACAAUUUUACUGAAAACCAUUAAUAUAUAAUGCCUUAGAUAAUUAAAUGUCAUUUCUUCAUGUACAGUAGUAUAAGACCUCGUCUUAACUGUCUUAACUCUUUCGUCUGCCUUUACUCGCCAAGUCUGCGUUGCAUUUAUUAUUUUUAUUUUUUUUUUUUGUCCUGAGUGGCAUGAUUUUUGCCAAGAUAUUUAUUUUAUAUGACUGUAUUCUGAGGUCCUUGUAGUGCAAUGUCACUUGCAGAGUGCCUGUUAUUAACUUUAUAAAGCUGAAAUAAAGAUCAUUUACUUUUAAGUGUUAUGUAGCCCAGUCUCUCAUUCUUUGAUCUACUGUAGGUUUUCAUUUAACGCCAACAGAGGGAGCCAAACUAUUAAAAAUCAGUGCUUUCAUUACCUGCUCUUGGAAUUUCACAGUUCUGCACAGUGUGGAAUUAUUAUUAUUAUUAUUAUUAUUAUUAUUAUUAUUAUUAUUAUUAUUAUUAUUAUUAUUUAUUUGUUUGUUUGUUUAUUUUUAUUGCUGUAAAGCUUGUUAAUAAGCUGGUGUGUUGGAUCAAAUGUGUUCAAAGCAGGGGAAACAAAAUGUGCAGUACACAUUACUUGAAUUAUGAAAACUUCUGGUAAAUUAGAAAUCAGAAGUUCCCUGCAUUCCCUGUACCCAAGCAAAAAAAUGCGGCAAAAUUUCUCACCAUGCCAUAGUCCUGAUUCAAACUGUCUUGAAAAGGUGUCUGUGGUUCUCAUCUACAGAUGCCCUUUUGUCCCUGCAUUUUAUUUUAUUUUAUUUUCAUUUUUAUUUUUUUACACAAUGCAGUCUAAUUGUUGGUUUAUGCAGGUUAGUGAUGCAACUUGUGUAACUUGUCAAGUAAUAUAAAAAUAAAUUAACAACAGUACUACAGGAAAAGGUGAACUACUGUGAACAUUAACAAAGUCAUUCUUGCAGCCACCAUUUAUUAACACUUCUUGUGAUUCUCAUCUACAGAUGCUCUUUUGUCCCUGCAUUUUAUUUUAAUUAUUUAUUUUUUGCACAAUGCAGUCUAAUUGUGAGUGUGUGUGCAGGUUAGAGAUGAGCAAAAGCAAAUUUGGAUUUCAGAAUAAAAUGUGAAAAUUAUAGAUAGAAUAGAUAGAUAGCUAGUUAGCUAGCUAGGUAGAUAGAUAGAUAGAUAGAUCGAUCGAUAGAUAGAUAGAUAGAUAGAUAGAUAGAUAGAUAGAUAGAUACUAAUAUAAUAAAAUAAUAUAUAGUGCUAUAAUAAUACCAGAUAGAAUUGAAGGUAGCCAGUGUAACUUGUCAAGUAAUAUAAAAGUAAAUUAAUAACAGUACUACAGGAAAAGGUGAACUACUGUGAACAUUAACAAAGUGGUUCUUGCAGCCAUCACUUAUUAACACCUCUUGUGAUUCUCAUCUACAGAUGCUCUUUUGUCCCUGCAUUUUAUGGGAUCUCC